GUUAUGAAUGCGCAUCAGAGAUGGCCGCUUCCAGUGGCAGAUCAUGCCUCCAAUAUUUAUUACAUCUUGCUCAAGACAAUCUGGAUUUCAGGUUACCGGAAAUUAAGGCUCUUCUGGCCCUCAGAAGAAAAGCAUUUCGCCCUUGUGAAAAUUUCAGAGAGCAGUCUCCUUUCUGGUGCCUGGAUGGUUUGUCAGAGGAGGAUGUUCGUAGUGUAAUGUCCAGAUCUGUUUGUGCAAAGUCUGCUUUUGAGCUUUGGGGCCAUGGACAAACACAUAGCGAACUCAGAACAUCCAUCUUAAACUACCCAUCAGAGAACAUGCGUCCCUUCAUGCACAAAGACUCCACAUACAGAAUUAAUGUCUACACUUUCAACAAAACGUUGGUCUUUGCAGACAGAAUCAAAAGGAUUGAUGCUAUGGAAUAUCUUCCCUUUGAGGGUGCAGUGAACCUUAAGAACCCUGAGCACAUCUUCUGUUUGUUGGAGGAUUAUGGCACAGACCCCAAUAACAUUCCCGAGCAACCCAACUAUAUCUACUUUGGUAGAUGGAUAGCAGAUGGUCAGCGGGAACUGAUUCGCUCCUACAGUGUGAAAAACAGACACUUCAUAGGAAACACCAGCAUGGAUGCUGGUCUCUCUUUCAUCAUGGCCAAUCAUGCUAAAGUCAAUGAGAACGACCUUGUUUUUGACCCAUUUGUUGGCACAGGGAGCCUGUUGGUAGCAUGUUCUCAUUUUGGAGCUUAUGUGUGUGGAACAGAUAUCGAUUACAACACCAUUCAUGGCAAAGGUCGGUCUAGUCGUAAAAACCAGAAGUGGCGAGGACCUGAUGAGAACAUCAGAGCCAACCUUCGGCAGUAUGGAACUGAGAAGAUGUAUGUGGAUGUGAUGGUGUCUGAUGCUUCCAAGCCUGUGUGGAGGAAUGCUGCUCUGUUUGAUGCCAUUAUUACUGACCCGCCAUAUGGUAUCCGAGAGUCCACAAGGAGAACAGGUUCCCACAAGGACAUUGUUAAACCCCCCGAUGGCUCCUAUGCAGAUUCUCAUGUACCUGUAUCGCAGGCGUACCACCUGAGUGACAUCUUCACAGAUCUGUUAAACUUCUCUGCCCACCACCUGACCAUGGGUGGGAGACUUGUCUACUGGCUGCCAGUCUACCGGCCAGAGUACUGUGAGGAGAUGGUCCCUCUUCAUCCAUGUCUCUCUCUCAUCAGCAACUGUGAGCAGACACUUUCCAGCCAUACUUCACGCCGCCUCAUCACCAUGGAGAAGAUCAAAGAGCCUGAGGAACUGGACAGUCUGGCUCAUCUAUCCGACCCCCGAUUCAGCCCCUACCAGGGACACAACGCCUUCAGAGAAAAGUAUUUCAGCGGUUUGAACAAAAGAGGUGGCAAGGAGGAUGUUACAUCUGAUGGCCAUGGAAAGUGAAUGAUCAGAAAAUGUCUUUUGCGUGUCUAACAGGACAUAAGAAAACAUUUUAGUUUGUACAUUGAUGACUGUGUACUCAAGGAGAAGUUUCUUAAAAAUCUUUUUAUUAUUGUUUUUAUUUCUUUGCCAGUAAAUAGAAAAAAAUUAAAAUUUCUAAAAGUUUCAAUUUAAAUGUGAAUUUCUAUUUGACUAAAUAGUAAAUGAUAGAUUUUUAAUAUUCAAACACUUUUCAUACUAUAUGAUCAGCACAAAGCCAUUUACAAACUAUAAAUUGCUCAAUCUAUUUGCGCUUUAAAUACUUGGCAGCUAUAUUGAUCAGCUUAUUAAUUUAUACAUUUACAUAGUCGCCACUUCUUGUCACCAUUCCUUUCUAUCCCGCAGUGGCUGCAGCCGUCAUGUUGCUAAUUAGUCUGCCAGGAAUUUAAGAUUGGUCAUCUGCUGUCCGCUCUGCCCAUUUUACAUGAACGUGCACAUAUACAGAGCCGUACAAUCCGGACUGUCUUACUGAGCUGAUGACUUGCAUCGUAAUAUUGCAGUAAACUCUCCAUUGUUGAGGUUUGUUUGAACCUGUUUCAUAGUGCAGUCCCCUGACCUGACUUUUUUAUUGUCUCAGUUUUGAAGGCCACUGAGUCAAAAGGAACAGAAUCAGAGUGUUUUAUAAUUUACAACCGUGGACCUGCUUUAUUCAGAAAACAAGAAGCAUGUUUAGGUGAGUAAGAGAAAGAGACCUCCCUGCACAGACGGGAGCUCAAAUUACAGGGCGUCCCCGUUCCUCCACACCGCUACAGUUAGUCAGCAGCUUUUGUUGUUUUCCGACCGCAGUUUACAUGCAGCCUGCCUCAUUAUUCAUCUCCAGAGAGCGAAGUCGCGGGCCUUCAAGUACAUUAUCCCGUUGCUCUGUUUAUCAGUUGGGCCUCUGCCUUUCCACCACGCUUCCUUCUUCACUCUGCUUCACAGGCAGAGUUCAAGGCACCAUCACAUGAUACCCGGCUCACCAUCGUUUGCGGUGUGUGCUGUUUACAGUUCCCACAGUGCCCUUUGUUAUCCAUCAUCAUCAUCAUGCAAAAUCAAAAAAUUCCACAAGACAGAGUCUUUUCUUUUCUUUACUUAUCACUUCUGUCCUCUUGGUAUUUUCCUGCUCAUAAAAAUGAGGACCAAGUUUGCCACAACAGACAGCCUCUAUACUGUACGCUGAAGAUUGUAGUUUUAAUGCAGCUGCUUUCUGUUACUGUGUUUGAGUAGUGCUGUGUGUGUUUGUGUUGCCACCAUACAAUGAUAAAACGUGUUCUCAAGAGUC